CUGGCAACGCUGGCGGUGAAGUACUGCCCCAUGUGUGUCAUGUGUGCAACAAAGCUUUCCGCCAACAGUGUCGCCUCAAUCAGCACCUGCGCUCGCACGACGACGAGAAGCUCUACAUGUGCGAAGUGUGCGGCAAGAUGCUGAAACAUCUGCGCAACUACAAGGAGCACAUGAUGAAGCACACGAAUGUGAAGCAACAUCAGUGUAACAUCUGUGAACGCUUCUAUCAUACCGCCUCUAGCCUGGCGGCACACAUGCGCACCCAUGCCGAGAACAAGCCGUAUAAAUGCGAUCAAUGCGGACGCAGCUAUGCGGCCUUCGAUCAUCUGCGUCGCCACAAACAGACGCACACCGGGGAGCGGCCGUAUGCGUGUGAUUUGUGCGACAAGGCGUACUGUGAUUCCAGCAAUCUGAAGGCCCAUGUGCGAUUUCAUUCGGGCGAAAAGCCCUUCAAGUGCGACAAAUGCAUGAAGGCAUUCCCAACCAAGAAUCGCCCCAAUAGCCAUAUGCGUGUCCAUAAUAAGGAGGCGCCCGUCACUGCCACCAUCAACAGCAGCGUCGGCGGCGGCGGCGGCGACACAACCAAUAGCUCAGCACAGUCCCAAUCGCAAUUGUCGCCGUCGCAGCAACAGCAGUCGGAACGGUUAACGACGGUCGCUAGACGUCGCACGGUGAUGAGCGGAAGCACAAUGCCUGAUGUCAGUGAUCAGCAGGUGUCCACACACACACAAUAGCUCAGCACAGUCGCAAUCGCAAUUGUCGCCGUCGCAGCUACAGCAGUCGGAACGGUUAACGACGGUCGCUAGACGUCGCACGGUG